CAGAGGAAGGCCACCCUGACUGCUGCUGUGAGCUCCUCAGGCUGCCCAGGAGGGGAGAGCAGGUGAAGCCAGGGAUGGUGUGCAGAGUGGCCGGCUGGGGGCGACUAGACCUGAGCACCAGCACAGACACUCUGCAUGAGGUAGAGCUGGAAAUCCAACAGGAUGAGCAGUGCAUCUCUUGCUACAGACGCGGUUACAACAGAGCCACAGAGAUCUGUGUGGGGGACCCAGAAAGGAUUCAGUCUACUUUUAAGGGCGACUCUGGGGGCCCCCUCGUGUGUGACAACAUGGCUCAGGGCAUUGUCUCCUUUGGGAAAAAAUAUGGGAAAACUCCUCAUAUUGAAAUGAAGAUUUCCAGCUUUCUGUCCUGGAUAGAAAGAACAAUGAGACGUUUCCAACUGCAGAGACCAGACUGAGGCACCAGGAAUAGA